AUGAAUAUUUAUGAGGCAACUUCCCUGGGUUAUUUAGCAAAAGUUAAAGAGAUUUUGGCACCAAAAGGAUCUGGUGGAAAAUUUGUAGAAAGCACAAGUGCAAUUGUUGAUUUAGAAGAUCAAAUUGGUGAGUUGUCAAUCAUCUCUUGCAAAGAAAUGUAUCUUUAUCACAAAAAAGAUAAUGAUGGAUGGACAUCAUUACAUAAUGCAUCUGCACAAGGACAUUUGUGUAUAGUGAAGUAUUUGGUGGAAUCUGCCGAUAGCGUAGAUGUAGAUGUUGGAAAUAAUAGGAAUAUUGCACCUUCAAAUACUGCUUAUGAUGCAGCAGCAACAAGUAAUGAGACUUAUAUUUGUGAAGAGCUGAGGACAAAUGCUUGGACUAAUUUUCAAUCAACUAUUUGA